ACAUAUAAAAUUCAGUUUAGGCCUUAUUUUCAUAGACUAAACAGCAUAAAUUUCUUGAGCUGUUUUUUUUCAAAAUUUCGUGUUAUUUUUUUCUAGAAAAGUUCAAAAUUAUAUCAAAAUGUUUAAAAGAUCCGCGUUAAUUCUAGGUCGUUGCGCGAAGGACUGCUUCUGCAGGCGAUGCGUAAAGCCCACCUUUAUACGGUCACACCAUCUCAAUGUUCUCGCAAACUUACAUAAGGAAGGCAUCUCCAAUCCUGAGGGCCUUUCUAAUCGGAGACGUAAAAGAUUCGGUAACGGUUCGAUCAUUCACGUCCAGGAGAACGAUUUUUCUGAACUUGCAAGCACGAUGCAACGACAAUUUCUAGAGGAUCUGGAUCAAAAAUCCCGAAGGAUCGAAUCGAAUAGUUGGCUUAAAGAAGAUGAGCAAGAGGAUCUCGAAAAGAUGAAAAAGGAAUGUCUAAGGCUAGCGAAAGAAAUCUCCAUGGCUGGUAAAGAUGGCGACAUUGAAGAGGCUUGCAAGAAACUAGCUGAAAAAGAGAAGUGCAAGAAGAAAGAAUUAAAGAAAAAGUGCAAGGAGCUGGCAGAAAGGGAAAAAUGUGAGAAGAAAAAACUAAAAAAGAAGUGUAAGGAAUUGGCUAAAAAGGGAAAAGAGGAUCCUUGCAAAAAGAAAAAGGAUCCUUGCAAGAAAAAAGAGGAUCCCUGUAAAAAGAAAAAAGAAGAUCCUUGCAAAAAGAAAAAGGAUCCCUGCAAAAAGAAAGAGGAUCCAUGCAAGAAAAAAGAGGACCCCUGCAAAAAGAAAGAGGAUCCCUGCAAAAAGAAAGAGGAUCCUUGCAAAAAGAAAGAGGAUCCAUGCAAAAAGAAAGAGGAUCCAUGCAAAAAGAAAGAGGAUCCUUGCAAAAAGAAAGAGGAUCCAUGCAAAAAGAAGGAUCCAUGCAAAAAGAAAGAGGAUCCUUGCAAAAAGAAAGAUCCUUGCAAGAAAAAGGAAGAUCCAUGCAAAAAGAAAAAGGAGGAUCCCUGCAAGAAAAAGGACGGCGGUGAUCUAAAAAAGAAAUGCAAGAAAAUGGCUCAAAAGGAAAAGUGCAAAAAACUGGCCAAGAAGGAAAAAAUGAAGAAAAUGAUGAAAAAGUGCAAAAAGAUGGCUGAGAAAGAAAAAUGCAAGAAGAUGGCGAAAAAAGAUAAAUGCAAGAAAAAGUAAAUGACCGAUCUUAGUUAACGCGGAUUAAACGAUUAUAUUGACAAAUG